AUGCCUCCACCCUCGUCCAAGCCGGCCAAUGAGAGGCGGCUUUCCGCUUCCGUCAAGCCGUCAAGACGCUCGGAAGAGAACAAUAUAUCUAGUGUGUCAAGCUCCAGCGAGUCUGAGAAAGGUGUUACAGCGGAGGAGCUUCAGAACCUACGGAAAGCGCCUGCUAGUCCCACAUUUGGGCCUCCAACAACAGCGACAGACAAAACAGCCGUCACAACCUCGUCCGUACCCCAAACUGCCAGUGCAGCUUUGAUAUCUCCGCCAGCGCUCACUCCUAGUGAGCCUGCUCUCAGCACGAAACCUUCUCCAAACAAUAUAGGCAGCGCCAAUAAUUUGCCUACCAACAAAGAUGGCGCUUUUCCACCUAGAGCUCCUCGCCCUACUCGAUCGGUGUCUGCUACACGGCGACGUUUUAGCGGCUCAACCGCCACCAGCACCGCAGGCAGCGAGCCCGAGAGUACGUCGGUCCACAUCAACCCAACCACACCUUCAGCUGAUGCUGUUACAGCCAAAGUUCCCUUUAUCGGCAAGAUUGGGGUCUGCGCACUCGAUGUAAAAGCUCGCAGUAGACCAAGCCGAAGCAUUUUGACCCGCCUUCAGGGUCAAGGUGAAUUUGAGGUUAUUGUGUUUGGUGACAAGGUCAUUUUAGAUGAGGACGUUGAGAAUUGGCCAAUCUGUGAUUUUCUCAUAUCUUUCUUCUCGGAUGGCUUUCCCUUGGAGAAGGCUAUUCGAUAUGUUAAGUUGCGGAAGCCAUUCGUCGUGAAUGAUUUGUCAAUGCAGAAAGUGCUUUGGGAUCGUCGAUUAUGCCUACGAAUUCUAGACAAGAUGGGUGUGCCAACUCCAAAAAGGCUUGAGGUCAAUCGAGACGGAGGCCCAAGAUUCGAAUCAGCCGCGCUUGCUCAACACGUCAAGGAAAUGGUGGGAGUCACACUUGAAGGCGCAGAAGACGGAACUGGUGGUGGCAUGCCGCACACGAGAAAAAUCGAUUUGAUAGACGACGGUGAUACGAUCCUCAUUGAUGGCAGAUCUCUAAAGAAACCGUUUGUGGAAAAGCCUGUUAACGGAGAAGAUCACAAUGUCAUGGUCUACUUUCCCCGAUCCCAGAAUGGAGGUGGCGGGCGCAGGCUCUUUCGCAAAAUCGGCAAUAAAUCGUCCGAGUUUGAUCCUAACUUGAUUGUUCCAAGAUGUAUCACCGAGGAGAAUUCUAGCUACAUCUAUGAACAAUUCUUGCACGUGGAAAAUGCCGAAGAUGUUAAAGCAUACACUGUCGGUCCUGAUUACUGCCAUGCCGAAACUCGAAAAUCGCCUGUGGUUGAUGGACUUGUUCGACGAAAUUUGCACGGAAAGGAGCUGAGAUACAUAACUACUCUCAGUCCGGAAGAGGCUGCAAUAGCUGCGAAAAUUGCAAAUGGUUUUGGUCAGCGUAUCUGUGGAUUCGAUCUCCUACGAGCAAAUGGCACAAGCUAUGUCAUUGAUGUCAAUGGAUGGAGUUUUGUCAAAGACAACAACGAUUACUACGACAGAUCUGCGCAGAUCUUGCGAGAUAUGUUCACCAAAGAAAAGAUGAAGAAUGAGAAUACUGUAGACGACUCCAGUUCCGAGCCUCGGACAGAAAACAAGCCACGUCACGAAAGCGUCCCACCGGCAGCUCAUAAGUCUGCAUUAAAGGAGCUAUUAAACUCACCCAGCAUGAGUAAGCUCUCGCAUCAUCUUCAUCGUCCUCACAGCAACAAGCAUGCACAAGGGACAAUAUCACCUGAUGUAUCUGGGACGAAUACUCCAAUGUCUUCGCAUCCAGAUAUCGAGCAGAGGCAAACAACGAAGUCUAUGACGAAAACAGCAGACCAAUUGGAGAUGCUGCCACCACCAGUCGUGACAACCGCAGACGGCAAUAGUGGUGCUAGAUCUACCCCUGUCCAAGAAAACAGGGAUGUCGCCGUUCCGCUUCCUAACUCCAAACAUUCGUGGAAGUUAAAAGGUCUGGUGGCUGUUAUCCGACAUGCCGACAGGACCCCCAAGCAGAAAUUCAAAUUCACCUUCCACUCGCAGCCAUUCGUCGAUCUCUUAAAAGGUCAUCAAGAAGAGGUCCUGUUGAAAGGUGAAGCGGCACUUGCUAGUGUGGAAGCUGCCGUCCGGCUAGCAAUGUCACAAAUGUUAGAAGAUUACGACAAGCUGAGGCUAUUGCGAAAUGCAUUGGCAAGGAAAGGCGGACAAGCUGGGACGAAAGUGCAGAUCAAGCCGAUGUUUCGAAAGAGGAAGUCAGAAGACUUCGUCCAGUCACCCAAACAGGCUACAACGCCGUCAUUUCCGGCCCAGGCAGCGAUCUCCGAGCCUGAGCGACUAAAAGUUGCAGAUGCUACUCACGGCAACCAAUCAGCCUCCUCUGAAUUAGAUCGUACUCCGACUCGAAGUAACUCCAUCUCAAAUGUCACUUUCUCGCGGUUCUCUGCGGCUGAGGAAGACCUUAUUCUUGACAAAUUGCAGCUUGUCAUAAAAUGGGGUGGUGAGCCAACACACUCGGCCAGGUAUCAAGCUCAAGAUCUCGGACAGAGUAUGCGAGACGACCUCAAACUGAUGAAUAGAGAAACUCUCGACGAUGUGAGAGUGUUCACGAGCUCCGAACGACGUGUCAGUACCAGUGCUGCGAUUUGGGCAGCUUCUUUCCUUGAGCAGCAAAGUCUCCCUGACGGUUCCAUCACUGUGAGAAAGGAUCUGCUUGAUGAUUCCAAUGCUGCAAAAGAUGUCAUGGAUAAAGUCAAGAAGAAGCUCAAGUUGCUACUUCGAGAGGGUAACUCCGCCCCUGAGCAGUUCGCCUGGCCCAAGAAUACACCAGAGCCAUCGGUUGUGAUGGGGAAGGUCGUGGAGCUUAUGAAAUUCCACCGUCGGGUGAUGCGACAUAACUUCAAACGACUUGACGGUAGUGCCGUUGCCUCUCUGGCAGCCAUCAACGGGAAUGGCGAUGUCAAAGAGAGCAGGCCAUCUACGAAAGUGAUCAAUGAAGCGCAGACCACUGCUUCUAUUCAGUCUCGAUGGUGUACUGGAGAGAAUGCCGAGCUAUUCAAGGAACGAUGGGAGAAGUUGUUUGCUGAGUUCUGCGAUUCCGAAAAAGCGGAUCCGUCCAAAAUCAGCGAGCUGUAUGACACCUGCAAGUUUGACGCUCUUCACAACAAGAGUUUUUUAGAGUGGAUCUUCAUGCCUAGUCAGACUCUGCUCGACGAAAUCGCGAAAGAAGAGCAAGAGGCUAUUGAAGCGGAAAGGAUAUCACCUCUAUCACGUCAAGAGAGCAGCACCACAUUAGGCUCAUCUCCCGACAGAUCUCAGUCGCAAGGCUUUGCACACAGAAUGGGCUUCCGGCGCAGGUCUAUGCUUGGUGGACAGUCCACACCGCCAAUUCCAACCAUCGAAGAUAAGUCGUAUUUCAAACUCUACUCCGGCAGCGGAGACACUAAGCUCAAGGUCGACAAACGGCUGUUUCGUUUGCGAGAAUUGUAUCGGUACGCCAAGAUCCUGUUUGACUAUAUCGGCCCGCAAGAAUACGGCAUCAGUGAUAGCGAGAAGCUUGAAAUCGGCCUCCUUACCUCGCUACCUCUUCUGAGAGAGAUCGUUCAAGAUCUGGAGGAGCUUCAAGCCUCUCCAGAUGCAAAGUCGUUCAUCUAUUUCACCAAAGAAUCCCACAUUUACACUCUCCUCAAUUGCAUUUUGGAAGGUGGCAUCGAGACCAAAAUUCCACGAGCCACAAUUCCCGAACUCGAUUACCUGUCUCAGAUUCGAUUUGAAUUGUACGAAGCCAAAGAUAAUGAGACGGCAGAGUUUGAGUAUUCAAUUCGAAUCUCUAUCAGUCCUGGCUGUCACACUUUCGAUCCUCUGGAUGUGUCUCUUGACUCUAGGCAUGCCAUUGGCACAGCUCCAGUAAGAAGCUUGACAGCUCAUCAGAACUGGAAGACUGUGAUCGAGACGCUAAAGGCAAAAUUCGAUCAGGUGAAACUGCCACAGUCAUUCUUGGCAUUGAACAUCUCGGAAAGUCAUGCGAAGGAGAUGGAGAAGGGAAAGAAGGAAGGAGUGGAGAAUGCGAGUCCAUCAUCAGAUGCAUAG